AUGGCUCUCGUCCGACUCUGCAACUUGUGCGGCCUGAGUCUGGAAAGAUCCCCUCCUCCAGCGUCCUCCCAGAGUCCUCCCAGCGCCCGUUCCAUUCAUCAUGCAGGGACCGCGCAGGUUCCUCACCAAUGGGGAAAGGAAGGGGGCCAAACUCCUGUCGGCUUUUCCGCUGUCUCCUCCGUUUUGUGGUCCCAACCCUCCUCAAGUCAUCACCCCGGCCGUCAACCCAGGGAUGCCCCCCGCAGAGACGUGCACCCUCCACCCCUCCACACGCUAAGCUUUUCCCAAGCUCCCCAAGCUUUUCGCUCCCGCCCCGUCGAGGUCGACCCAUUCGAGCCAUCGGGCUCGUCCUCCCACCCUCCUAAUCCUCCUUCCCCUCCCCCUUGCAGGAGAACGCGUCGGUUUCGGGACAUGCGCCAGCACGGAUGGGAUGAUCCUCACGAGAACUCUAAAAACCCAUCCCUCUGCUGGACUGCCGGCUCCAUCGCGAACCGGCCGUCAGAGUAUGCGCUCCUGAGGCGAGAUUUCCAAGGGACCUGA